AUGAGAAAUCCAAGUCAAUAUAUUGAGAGAAGGAUACACAAACAGACUGAAAAAGAAAAGAAACAGAAUUGUUUGCUUUUAAAGACCUCCAUAGAGAGUGUGAAGUGGUUAGCAUUGCAAGGUUGUGCAUUUAGAGGACAUGAUGAGUCUACUGAGUCUAUUAACCGUGGGAAUUAUAUUGAAUUAAUCAAAUUGCACGGAAGAGCAAACAAAGAAAUUGAUGAUGUUGUUCCAGAAAAUGCAGCUAAAAAUGCCAAGUACACAUCACCACGUAUUCAGAAAGAGAUAUUACAAAUUAUUGCUGAUUGUCUGCAACAUAAAAUUUGUGAAGAAAUUGGAGAUGCUAAAUUUUGUAUUCUUGUUGAUGAAGCAGUUGAUGAAUCACAUAAAGAACAAAUGGCUAUUGUUUUGAGAUAUGUUGAUGGUGAUUUAUUUGUUAGAGAACGAUUUUUUGAAGUUGUGGGUGUUAAAGAUACAAAUGCUUUGACUUUGAAAAAAGAGAUAUGUAUUGUAUUAAACCAAUACAAUCUGUUGGUUACAAAUUUACAAGGUCAGGGGUAUGAUGGUGCUAGCAACAUGCGGGGGGAAUGGAAUGGACUGCAAGCAUUAUUUCUUAGAGAAUGUCCAUCUGCUUAUUACAUUCAUUGUUUUGCUCAUCGUCUACAGUUAGCUUUAGUUGUAGUAGCUAAGGAUGUACAUGAUGUGUGGCUAUUCUUUCAAUCAUUAAGUUCUAUUGUCAACUUUGUUGGUGUUUCUGCUAAGCGUCAUUCUCAAUUAAAGUUAAUUCGAGAGGAUGAAAUUGUAGAUUUAUAUUAG